GGAAGUCCCUCCGAUCACACAGACUGGGGUUUUUAAACUGUUUUAACCCCAUCUCAGCUAAAAUGAGCUCUCCGUUAUCGAUGCUGAAGAAAACAAGGCGCAUCCCACUGCAGGUCCCUCUACACGACCAGGGGGACAGACACAAAGUGCCUUUCAGGAGGAAUCUGUUAAAAGAAUGUCAGUCAGCGUUGGCCGAUGCUGAUUCCUCUGAUGCAAACAGUCCCGGACCGUCACACGCUCUUACCAGUCAAGUCAAGUCAAACAUUCCCUUAAAGAAAGCUGCGCCACCCAGUGACUUAGAGCUCAUGUCAGCUAUGAUGCAACGAGUGACCCUGCUGGAGAAACAGAUGCGGAUCCAAGCGCAGGAGAUGGAGCGCAAGGACAAAAAGAUUUCUGCUCUGGAGGAGAAACUGAGACUUAAGAGAGAAUCAGAGAGCAAACACGAGCUGAGCAGCACAGACGAUCUGCAAAGCAAGUGCCAGCGUCUGCAGAACCAGGUGCAUGAAAUGGAGAGCUUUCUAAGUGACUACGGUUUGACCUGGGUGGGAGACAGGGACGGCGGUGACUCAGCGGAAAAAGACCCAUCCCCUGAGUCAGAGCGAGGCCUCUGGCAGACAGGCACCUCCCUCGGGAAAUUCACCAUGAACUUUGACCUUGUGCUCCAGAGGGUCAGGGAGCUGAACGUGCUCGCAGGGGAAGGCGAGUCUGUGGUUCAGACUACCGCCACAGGGGCCCAGCUGAGCAGGAAGGACCCCGUCCAGCUGAGGCUCUACAGGAACGGCAUCGUCAUGUUCCAUGGUCCCUUCCGCUCCUAUCAGGACCGCAGCACUCAGCAGUGCAUGCAGGACCUGAUGGACGGUUAUUUUCCCUCCGAGCUUCAGCAGAGGUUUCCGGACGGCGUUCCUCUGGAGGUUCACGACAGGCGAGAUGAGGAGUUCAAGGCCAGACUCCCGUGGAGUAAAUUCCCUGGAGAAGGACGAGCUGUGUACGGAGGCAGAGAGGCAAAUGAUGGCGUAGCUCAGAACCCAGGUAAGAAGCCGACCACACAGCAGUUCCUGAACAGGCUGCCGAAGGUGGUGGUCAGGGCCGGUCGAGUGAUCGAUGUAAGGGACUCGCUGAGGGCCACCCUGCAGGGCUCAACAGAGCACAGCAGCGACUCGGUGAUCCUCAUAGACACAGCAGCACAGCAGGCGACAAGAGAGAGCGGCGCCCGGCCGCCGUCUCCUCGCGAUGCCAUCGGGCUAAAGGUGAAGUCGGAGGACGGGAGCCACACCUACAUUUUGAACAUGUGCCUCUCAGAAACCGUGGGCCGCCUGCGGCAGUAUCUGGACCGACAAAGAGGGGGAGGUCAGCUGGAUUAUGACAUCAUCAGCACAUACCCUCACCGCUGCUACGACGACGACCACCAGACUCUACAAUCGUGUGGACUCACAACUAAAACCACUCUUCUGCUGCAAAAGCGUAAACCUGCUAAUUCACUGGCAGAGGGCAAUAUUGAUUGAGAAUUGAUUUAAUAUCUUUUUUUAGGGAAGAAUGCAUUGAUCCAGCUUUAUUGCUCUCAGUAGGAAACAUGAGUAGGUGGUCCACUUUAUGACAUAAGGAUCAGCCACGUCAUCAUUAAUACCUGAUCUGGCAGAGCCGCUACUGAUCCACAGAAUCCGCACAUCCUCAGCUAUAAAAAGCAGGGACAAAAAAAGCACGGUUUUAUCCACGGAAAUGCCUUAAGACACUGCAGUCGAGUCCCAACAAACUGUUCAAACUCUUUAUUUCUAAAAUAUGCAAAUACAAACAAGGACAAAAGUAUGAAAAUAUAAACAUCUUCUUCCCUUUUUGCAAAACAUUUGAGAUGUUAAGGCAUGUGGAGCUGUACUUUCCAAGCAGAAAACUUGUGCUAUUUAAGUUUAAAGGUCCCAUGAAAUGAAAAAAUGGCUUGUGUCCCUGGGUGGUGUAGAAUCUUAGUUGCAUAUUUUGUAUAUAUGAAAUCCAUUUUCUCUUCUUCUAAAGUGUCCCAUUCUUUUAAAUGGCUUAGCUCGGAGCAAAUAUAAAACUUCAUUCAGAACAAUGUGCUCAUGACAGAGGGGGUGAUCCAGCCAACCCCUGCAAUCAUUAUCAUCACGUAAAACCAUAACGUGUCCCUCCUGCACCUAAAAAAGGUGAAUUAUCUGGUUAAGUAUUAAAACUCUCCCCGAACAUACUACUGAACAUGAAACAGCACAGAAAAAAUACAAUAUAAAAGCCACUUCAUGGGACCUUUACAUGCAGAGGAUGCUCAGACACAUUAGCACAUUAUUACAGCAACACAUUCAGAAUGCUUUCACACAGAGUUGUCAAAUGCAAACAAAAUAAAUAAAUAAUACUGGAGAAUAA